UAGAAGUCAUGGCCUCCAGCGCGUCCUCAACUACAGCUGCUGGAGUAGGUCUGCCUUGGGUGGAGAAGUACCGCCCAAUUUCACUCUCCGAUGUGGUUGGCAACGAGCCUGCAAUGCAAAGACUACGGGCCAUGGCUGAGGACCGGCACAUGCCCAACCUACUCCUCUCGGGGCCUCCUGGUUGUGGGAAGACCACCAGUGUGAUGUGCUUAGCAAGGGCCCUGCUGGGAGAGGACCUAGUCAAGACCGCGGUACUAGAGCUCAAUGCCUCUGAUGAUAGGGGUAUCGAUGUGGUUCGCAACAGAAUCAAGACGUUUGCUCAACAGAAGAUAUCUCUGCCGGCUGGGGGGUGUCAACAGAAAAUUGUCAUUCUGGAUGAGGCCGAUUCGAUGACCGAAGCCGCACAGCAAGCUAUGCGGCGGACGAUGGAGAUACAUUCGGCCACCACAAGGUUCGCCUUGGCCUGCAAUCAGAGUACCAAGAUUAUAGAGCCUAUACAGUCCCGAUGUGCUAUUGUGAGGUUUAGUCGUCUGAAGGACUCGGACAUUGAAGCCCAGGUUAAAAAGGUGGCAGAUAUGGAAGAGGUACAGCUACGAGGUGACGGUUUGGAGGCACUCAUUUUCACGGCGGAGGGGGAUAUGCGCGCGGCAUUGAACAAUCUUCAGUCGACUGCGACUGGCUUUGGUAUCGUCACUAGAGAGAACGUGUUUAAGGUAUGCGAUCAACCACAACCCGGUGAGCUCAAACAGGCGACGCUGGACUGUGUGAAUAACGAUUGGUGUAGUGCCUUUGAUAGGCUCGACAGGAUCACUGCACAGGGGUAUAGCAUUGGAGACAUCGUUGGCACCUUGGAGAGGGUCAUACGAAAUCUGCCACCGGAAGAGCUCAACGAGGCUAUCAAAAUCGAGUUUCUGCAAGCAAUUGCAAUGUGUAGACUACGUAUGAGCGAAGGGCUGCAGUCGCGUGUGCAAUUAUCGGGACUAGUCGCAGCGAUGUGCGCGGCAUCGGAUGAUCUGCACCAGAGGCAACAAAGGGGAGCAUGAGGACUCCUUCGAGUGUAAUGAAAUGCAACUUUUUCCUAGAUUUG